UGGGUGGCAGCCAGAACCUGCGAGCGUACUGGCCCCUCUACCUGAGCCAGGCCCACGUCCUGGUGUUCGUGGUGGACUCGGUGGACAGGUCGCGCCUGCUGACGGCACGCCAGGAGCUGCACGCACUGCUGGCUGCGGAGCCCCAGCUGCCCCUGGUGGUGUUGGCCAACAAGCAGGACAAGAGCGAUGCCCUGAGCAUGGCAGAGCUGUGGGAGGAGCUGGCCCUGCACACACUCAGCAGACAGCGGGAGCUCUUCCUCCUGCCCACCAGUGCGACCUGGGCCAGCUUGAGCACUGCCACCAGUGUCCUCCGCGUGAAGGACCUACUGGUCACCCUGCUGUCCCAGCCCUGA